CGCCCCGACCCCGCCGCGGGCAGGGCGCCUCUAGAGGCCGGCUCGGGCACUGCAGGUGGCCCGACCGCCGCGUGCCGGUCCCUCCCCUCCGCCUCGCGCUUCGAGGGGGAGGGAACAGGCCAGAGAUGAUCCCGGCCUGUGACAGCGCCGGGAGGCCGUAGGAUCUGGUGCAGAACCCGGGCGUAGCUCCAGAGACGCCCGCCGCCCCAGGCUGUCUGCGCUGCGGUCCCCUAGCGCUCCGCCCGCGUCACGUGACGUCUAGCAGGACGGGGCGGGGGCGGGCCGCGGCCGCGGAGAGCAGAGGCAGGAACCCCGCAGACAAAAUGGGUGAACUGCCCUUAGACAUCAACAUUCAGGAACCUCGCUGGGACCAAAGCACCUUCCUGGGCAGAGCCCGGCACUUCUUCACUGUGACUGACCCCCGAAACCUGCUGCUGUCUGCGGCACAGCUGGAAGCUUCCCGGAACAUUGUGCAGAACUACAGGGCUGGUGUGGUGACCCCAGGACUCACCGAGGACCAGCUGUGGCGGGCCAAGUAUGUGUACGACUCUGCCUUCCACCCAGACACGGGCGAGAAGGUGGUCCUCAUUGGCCGGAUGUCCGCCCAGGUGCCCAUGAACAUGACCAUCACGGGCUGCAUGCUCACCUUCUACAGGAGGACUCCGACCGUGGUGUUCUGGCAGUGGGUGAACCAGUCCUUCAAUGCUGUUGUUAACUACUCCAACCGCAGCGGUGAUGCCCCCAUCUCUGUGCGGCAGCUGGGCACAGCCUACGUGAGUGCCACCACAGGCGCUGUGGCCACAGCUCUGGGGCUCAAAUCCCUCACCAAGCACCUACCCGCCUUGGUUGGCAGAUUUGUGCCCUUUGCAGCAGUGGCUGCUGCCAACUGCAUCAACAUCCCCCUGAUGAGGCAGAGGGAGCUGCAGGUUGGCAUCCCAGUGACCGAUGAGGCAGGGCAGAGACUGGGCCACUCAGUCACGGCAGCCAAGCAGGGGAUCUUCCAGGUGGUGGUGUCGAGGAUCGGGAUGGCGAUCCCUGCCAUGGCGGUUCCCCCAGUGAUCAUGGAUGCUUUGGAGAAGAAGGACUUCCUGAAGCGCCGUCCUUGGCUGGGGGCGCCCCUGCAGGUGGGGCUGGUGGGCUUCUGCCUGGUGUUUGCCACCCCUCUGUGCUGUGCCUUGUUCCCCCAGCGGAGCUCCAUCCGCGUGAGCAGGCUGGAGCCGGAGCUGAGCGCCCAGAUCCGUGAGCAAAACCCCAGCAUCUCGGAGGUUUACUACAACAAGGGGCUUUGACGAGGACCAGCCCCUUCCUUGUCCGCCUGGACUGCUGGUUAGGCCCACCUUGCUGUCUCCGCCACUUGCCGUCUGCCUGGUACUCUUCAGGGAACUUGGUAGGACAGUCGCCAUUGAGACCAGCGAUCCACUAAGCUGGACGAGGCACCCUUACGAGGCACCCUUGUACGCCUUUCUCUCCUCUCUGGUUUCAAAAAGCAGAGUUACACAAUCCCUCCUGCGCUACCUACAUACAUACAUGAUGCAUGUAUGUGUUUAUUCAUUGGGUCCAGCCGCAGACGUGCCAUCCUGGGAUGAUCCGAUGCCUGGCUUCCCUCCUCAGCCAUCAGCAAGCCAGGUUUCCGGCGGGACUUUCUUCCUUAAGGCAUUCCCUUGGCCAAGUCACUGCCAACAGCACCUCACCCCUGGACGUGGCGGAGCUCCAGGACAGUAGUGGACCAACCUGGGCUGACUCAUUGAGGCUUCUUUUUUUUUUUUGGUUUUUUUUUUUUUUGGUUUUUUUCUCCAGUACCGGGAACCGAACUCACGACCUUGCGCUUGCCAGGCAGGCGCUUUUGCCACUGAGCUAAAUCCCCAGCCCCUUCAUUCAGGCUUCUGAUAGCCUGGCUUCCCAAAGUGGCUGAGGACCAGGGGUGGCAGAGGAAGGCAUGUUGGGACCAGGGAGGGGGGGCCUGUGCACUCCUCAGUGCCACCCCCAUGUCCUGGAGUAGCUUCGCUUCUUCUGUGCCGAACAGAGCAGCAUGUCCUCUUGUCCCCCACACUGCCAUGUGCCGUCUCCAGGCACAACCGUA